AAAGCUUCCUUUCCCAUAAGAAGCAAACAAAGUCUUCGCUGAAAUUUCUCUCUCAAAAACUCCUUAUAUUUUUCUGCUCCUUCUUCCUCUUCAUCUUCGAUGGCGAGUGAGAAGGAUAAUUAUUAUGAUCAGUAUGAUCUUAAUAAUCUGUACUACAACCACCAUCAGAACCUUGUUCAAGGGUUUGAUCAUCAUCAUCCAUCUUCACACGGCACGAGCUUCACUGAUUGCUUGAAUGGUGGGUUCAUGGACUAUAAUGCCCUCUCUAGAGCCUUCGACUUGUCUUGCUCAUCUGCAUCUGAAGUGAUCUCGUCCUCCAUUAACGAUGAUCAGCUCAAUCCAAAGAAGCCAUCAUCUGCAGCCACUAGUCCUAUGGCCACUGAUGCGGGAGACUCUCAAGUGGGUCCCAAUAAUUCCUCUGUGUCCAAUUCAUCUUCCAAUAAUGAAGAGGCAGAAGAAGCAGUGGUCACAGAAGAAGACUCAGCCAAAAGCUUUAAGCAAGACAAAGGCCAAGAUGGCGACCAAAUGUCUAAGAAAGAGAACAAGGCAAAAGGGAAUAAGAAAGAGAAAAAGCCAAGAGAGCCGCGCUUUGCCUUCUUGACUAAAAGUGAGGUUGAUCACUUAGAAGAUGGAUACAGGUGGAGAAAAUAUGGACAGAAAGCCGUCAAGAACAGUCCUUACCCAAGGAGUUAUUACAGAUGCACAAGUCAAAAGUGCAAUGUGAAGAAGAGGGUGGAGAGGUCAUUCCAGGAUCCAUCAAUUGUGGUCACAACAUACGAAGGGCAGCACAACCACCACUGUCCGGCGACACUUCGUGGCAGCGCCAACGCCGCCAUGAUGUUAUCAUCGGCGGUGGCAACACCUUCCCUUUUCGGUUCUUCGCUGGUGGGGAGGACAACCAUGUUUCCCCAGGAACUCCUUGCUCAGUUUCUUCCAAGCUAUAGCCAAGGUGAUAAUAAUGAUCAUCACCAUCACCAAAGCCAUCCCAUGUUCCACCAAAACCCUAAUAAUACUCAUCAUCAUCAUCACCAGCAACAGCAACACCAAGUUCCACAUGACUAUGGCUUGUUGCAGGACCUGUUACCUCCUUCUUCAUCAUCCGUCCCUGGUAGACAACAAGAGCCAUGAACAAAAACCCUAGCUAUUUCAGUAUCAUCGAGAUAAAUUUGAGCACUGAUAGAUGAACUCGUUGUACUGAUGAGAAAGAUAAGCUAAACCGAUUGCUUUCAUGGCUCUAGACAGAGACUUGUGAUCACUAGCUCGUUAUUGACUCUCUCUAUGAAGAGUUCUAGUACGUGCUUCUUAGGAGAGAUUGAUUGUUUUUCACUAUUUGCGUUCUGAAAUUCUGAAACCAGUUUUCAUCAUCAUUCUGAUUAUUUUUCAGCUAGUAUAUAUAAGGUUAUCAGAAUUUCAAAAUUCACGUAUGAUGUAGUGAAAAUCAAACCCCUUGAUGAGAGAAGCGAGCGUGCUUACUACUGAAAAAUGUUAAUCGAUCCGAUUCCGAAACAUACAUUUACAUGUAUUACUUCUACUCACUGAAUAUUGGAUAUUCUAUUUAUUUUCUAUACAUAUUUAGUCUGGUUUUGGAUUUA